GGGGUUUGUUGUGGUGGGCUGGAUGGAGUGAGAGUCUCAGUGACAGUGCGGCCAGAGACGGAGCGGAGCAGAGCAUGGAGGCGGCGCCGCGCACACUCCGGAGCGCUUAUUAACACCGACACGGCACAAACGGGGCUUUACUGGCGGAUUUCUCACACUCACAACCCCUGAAUCCGAACCUGAACCCGAACCCGAACCCGAAGCACCACCGCGCAGCGGCUCGUGGACAUGCAGCUUCAGGACGAGCGGCGCGGAGCUGCGAAGCUUUGUUGUGUGGAAGGAGAAGAAGACGGGCCUUCCAGGAGGUCCGGCUAGCGGGCAUUAGCUGCUUCACCCCGAGCCAAACCGUCUAAUUCAACCCAGCCGCUCGCCUCGCCGCUGGAAGGGAGAACCGCGGGUUCCUGAGCGCCGAACUGAAGAACCUAAAGCCAGCUGUUCCUUUGACAUGGCACCUGACAGCUAGCUUAGCUUAGCUUAGCUUAGCUUUAGCUUUAGCUUGGCGGAGCUGCGGUUCUGGUUCCGCCGCCCGUGAACAGACAUUUCACUGUCGGGUCUUCUGUCUGGUUCUGUGGCGAUGGUUCCUGCGUCUUAGUCGAGCUUUAUCAGUCAUGUUUUUUAAAAAAGCCUCUUUGUUUUGAGUUCGGCGGGUUUCGCUGACGCUAAGCUAACGCUAAGCUAACAAUGAUGUAGUCCGUCGAGCCUGCUUCGCGAGCUAAUGCUAACGCUGGCUAAUAGAGCAGAAUAGCCAGGUCAGAGGGUUUUAUGUCCUGAAAAGAUCAGCUGGUCUGUUUUGUUUAAUUUGAGGGUUCACGGUCAGCAUUUUAACGAUUUAAUGGCUAAUUAAACUGACCGUGCAUGCGAGCUAGCUGACGGGUAGCUAACCUAGUAUGCUCAAAGCAGCUAGCAUAAAGGAAUUUUAGCUUUUUAGUCGACAUAUUUGUCAGAGUUGAACUUUUUUGGCUUGUAACUGGGCAAAGUAACCUCACCAAACCGCCAAACCAGCUGGCUGAAUAUUCACGACGGCCAGGCUUUUUUAACUGGCCGGAGUCGAGCCUGGGACUCAGUAAAUCAGACUGUUCGGGUCGAAUAUUCGGCUGGGCAGCGAGUGUUAACUGGCUGAACUGGUCUGAGUGACUUCACGAAACCAGCUGGCUAAAUAUUUGCGACAUUCGCCGUUUUUAAACUGGCCGUACUCGAGCCUGGGACUCGAUUAAUCGCCGCUCGAAGCGAAUAUUCGGAUCCAGCUUUUGGCUUCAGAGAAAGCGCAUCGUAACAGCAUUAAACAGCUGAAGUUGCUCUGAUGCGAGCGAGGAUGGGCACUCAGGGCAGCCCUGUGAAGAGCUACGACUACCUGCUGAAGUUCCUGCUGGUGGGGGACAGCGAUGUGGGGAAGGGAGAGAUACUGGACAGCCUGCAGGACGGAUCCGCGGAGUCGCCUUACGCCUACAGCAGCGGAAUCGACUAUAAGACCACCACUAUCCUGCUGGACGGAAGGAGAGUGAAGUUAGAGCUGUGGGACACUUCAGGACAGGGACGCUUCUGCACCAUUUUCCGCUCCUACUCCAGAGGGGCGCAGGGGAUCCUGCUGGUCUAUGACAUCACCAACCGCUGGUCUUUCGACGGGAUUGACCGCUGGAUUAGAGAGAUUGAUGAGCAUGCUCCUGGAGUGCCGAGGAUUCUGGUGGGGAAUCGGCUACACCUGGCGUUUAAGCGGCAGGUUCCGACCGAGCAGGCUCGUGCGUACGCCGAGAAGAAUGGCAUGACCUUCUUCGAAGUGAGUCCGCUCUGCAACUUCAACGUCAUCGAGUCGUUCACGGAGCUGUCGCGCAUCGUCCUCAUGAGGCACGGCAUGGAGAAGUUCUGGAGGCCAAACCGAGUGUUCAGUCUGCAGGACCUGUGCUGCCGCGCGAUCGUCUCCUGCACUCCGGUUCACCUGAUCGAUAAGCUGCCCCUCCCCGUGGCCAUCAAGAGCCACCUGAAGUCCUUCUCCAUGGCCAACGGCAUGAACGCGGUCAUGAUGCAUGGCCGCUCCUAUUCGCUAGCCAAUGCCACGGGCAGCAAAGGCAACAGCCUCAAACGCUCCAAAUCCAUCCGGCCGCCGCAGAGCCCACCACAGAACUGCACCAGGAACAACUGUAAAAUCUCCUAGCCUGUGACCCCGGGGGAGGGGGAGCGCCCCCAUCUCUCCCCAGCGCUCAGGAGUACAGACGUGAGGAUUUUGGGGCGAAGGUGACUGGAGGUGUCAGUGCAGGGGUGGUGUCCCCCCCCAAGAUUUGCUGCAGUCGUAUUACUACACUUACAGAAUUUACACCUAAACAGCGAUUUAUUACACAAUCUGUGAAAAUGUCCAUCUCUGAUUUCACCUCUAUUGCAGUAGCGCCCUCUGGUGGAGACGGAGCGACAGAGAACCCGGCCCGUCCAGCACUCCGAUCUCCUCGGCUUGUUAACCUCCAGUUCCGCAUGUUUUUUUUCCCCCUCUUUGUGAUAAACUUCUGGCCUUGAAGGAUGGGGACACAUUCGGGUUCUUCCGCCUGACAAUGAACUGCUUUUAAAGACCACCGCGUCUUGCGUGCUUUGCGUGGACAGAGCAUUGAGGAAUGGCUUCGUAUGGAUUGAACCAUUAAAGACGAGAGUUUCUCUGCAA